AUGGAGCCUGCUGAUGGAUCAUCGCCUGGACCAGCGUUGGAGGAAGGGAUCGCGUCCGUCUUCAGCUCAGCCCCUGCCCUCAUGGAGACCGACGGCUUCAGCAACAGACUUAAGGAGUUCCUCGACCUCCACUCCGUCGCAGCAGGAGGUGGAAGGAAGGUCGUCUGCAUCACAUCUGGUGGCACAACGGUUCCGUUGGAGCAACGCUGCGUUCGUUACAUUGAUAAUUUCAGCUCGGGCCAUAGAGGAGCAGCGGCAGCAGAGUACUUCAUUGAGGCUGGUUAUGCGGUUGUGUUUCUGUAUAGGAUAGGAAGCGUGUUGCCAUAUACCCGUUCGCUUCCUGAUGAGCCAUUGCUUGAAUGUCUUGAGCUCGAUGAUGACUCCAACAUUCGAGUGCGGAAAUCAUGUGCGGAAGCAGUGAAGAAAUAUCAUGCUGCUGUUGCAGGAAACCUACUCAUAAAACUUCCUUUCACUACUAUAUUUGAGUAUCUUCAGAUGUUGCAAAUUGUUGCCCAAGCAAUGAAGCCUCUUGGGCGAUAUGCCAUGCUCUUCCUUGCCGCAGCAGUUUCAGACUUCUACAUCCCGUGGCAGAGCAUGGCAGAACACAAGAUUCAAUCUGCAUCUGGGCCUCUGGAUAUGCGACUUGUUCAAGUGCCCAAAAUGCUGUCUAUCCUAAGAACAGAAUGGUCCCCACUGGCUUUCUGCAUAUCAUUCAAGUUGGAGACAGAUUCGAAGAUUCUUCUGGAGAAAGCUGACAUGGCUCUUAGAAAGUACAAGAUGCAUAUGGUCGUGGCGAAUGAGCUGCAGACGCGUAAAGAAGAGGUUAUAGUCGUCACCUUGGAUGAAAAGAUCCCAGUUCACCGUGACAAGUCGCAGCCUGAUUCUGAUGUGGAACAGCCACUAGUUGAGCUCAUUGUUGACAAGCAUUCUACUUACAUCAAUAACCACAGAUAG